AGUGUACGUAGCUUUAAAGUGACCAAUUUAAAUUAAGAUAAUAUCAAAGAUUUUUGCAUUAUAAUUUUAAAUUAUUGUUGAAAUGGCAUCAGAAACAGUAGAUAAAAAUUGCAUUAAUAUUUCAGACAGUUCCAAUAAUAACGUUGACCUUGAAUAUGAUACUAAUCAAAUACCGGAAUGGUUAAACAAGGAUUAUAUGGAAAAUAUAUUGAAAAUAUACAAAAAUGAUAAAUCAUUAAAGAUCACAUCAUUUAAAGUAAAACCUGCAUUGGGAAAAGGUGAAAAUUUUGGUGGGGUUAUGACCAGAAUACAAUUACAAUAUAUUUGUAAAUGCAGUAAAUCAUUGAAGGAUGGAUACUAUAUUGCAAAGAGUUCAUUUGAAGAUGAUGCAUUUUCAAUGGAAAAAAUGAAAGAUUAUGAUAUAUUUAAUCGUGAAAUCGAUAUUUAUCAAAAUAUUUUACCUAAACUACGUGAAUAUUUAAAUGAAAUAAAUGAUAAAGAAAUCAUUUUUCCAACAACAAUUUAUGUUGAUUAUAAAAAUUCUGGAAUUUUAUUUGAAGAUCUCUCCGUUGAAUCUUUUAUUAUGCCUGAUCGUACAAAAGGCCUUGAUGAAGCUCAUAUAAAAUUAGCAUUACGAAAAUUGGCAAAAUUGCAUGCAACAUCAGCUGUAUUAAAUGAACGUGAACCAAAUUCAUUUAAAACAUAUGAUCGGGGAUUUUUUAAUAGACAUACAAAUUCAUAUGCAAGUUUUUUUGAAAAUAAUUUAAGAAUUUGUGGUGAAACUGUUAAAAAAUUCGGUCCAGAAUAUAUAAAAUAUAGUGAAAAAAUUGAAAAAUUAGUACCACAAUUAAUGGACAUUGGACGAAAAUUAUUUGAUGUACAAGAACAUGAAUUCAAUUCAUUUGUACACGGUGAUUUUUGGGUGAAUAAUUUAUUGUAUAAAUAUGACGAAAAACAAAUUAAUAAGCCAUUAGAAGCUAUUAUCUUAGAUUAUCAGUAUAGUUUCUAUGGUUCAUCCGUACUCGAUUUACUUUAUUUUAUGAAUACAUCUAUGAAAGAAGAAUUGAGAUUAUCAGAAGAAGAUAAAUAUAUACAAUACUAUUAUAAUUUUCUGGUUGAAACAUUAAAAAAACUUAAGUUCAAUGGUAAAAUUCCCACCCUACAUGAAUUUCAUAUUCAAUACAUUACAAAAGAGUUCUUUGCUUUUCAUUCAAGCUGUGUUAUUCAACCAGUAAUGCUUAACGAAGAGACAGAAGAUGCUGAUUUUAAUGCUUUAAUGGCCGAAGAUGAAAGGGCUUUUAAUUUUAAGAGAACCAUCUACAAAAACAAAAGGGUGGUACAGAAUUUAAAGAAAUUAUUACCCCACUUUGACAGAAGGGGUAUUCUUGAUACAAAACUUGAAAAUUUAUAAAUUGGAAGCAAAUAAUAUUCAAAAAUGAUCAACUACACUUUCAUGAUACUAUAAACGAAUAAAGUAAAUUAAUAUUUAUUCUAA